UGAAGUGAGGAAGGGCUGGCUCAGGGGUUAAGGAGCUGGUCACUGAUCAGAAGGUCAGGGUUCACUGGGCCCCUGAACAAGGCUCUUAACCUCAUACAGUAUGCUCCAGGGCUGCCACACAAUGGCUAACCAUGUGCUCUCUAAUAAUUGGUGAUAAGGUAAAAUUGGGCAGUAGUAGCUCAAAUGGUUAAUGCCCUGUGUUGCUGAUCAGAUGAUUGGGGUUCAAGCCCUUUAACGGCUUCUGCUCCAGGGACGCUGUAUCAUGGCUGACCUUGCGCUCUGACCCCAACCUACAAACUUGGCAUAUGCGAAGAAAGAAUUUUACGGUGUAAGGUAUAUGUGUCAAUAGGUGUUCUCACCAAGAUCGAUGAGAGAAAGUGUGGUGCAGGGGAAAUGGUCUCUUAAUGUCAGUUAUGGUUGGUGACUUCAGAAGAAUAAGAGAUUCUCACAAUGUUCUACUUGGUGGCAUCUGGUAGAUAAUCAGAAUGACUGAUUCUGUCUGCUCAAAGGUUUGCAUAUCACAUGCAACUGCAAGUGCUUCCUGAAGACCUCAUGAUUAGUGAUGAAUUCACAUCAGCAGCUCUACUUCCUAAGAAGAAGGAAGAGGACCGGCCUGUACACACCUCAUCUGUUUCUCCAGGCAUGUUCUAGAACCACAGUUGUAGCUGAAGGUGAAUGUCACGGUGAUCCUCUGCUUUAAUGUUUUUGACCGUGCCAUAUAACAUACAUACUGCACAGCUGACCCUAAUACUCUUGGUCUGUUUUAUUGGUUGCCAGUUGUUAUGGUGUCAAACAGCAUUAACAAGGAUCGGGUUUAAUUAGUUUAUUUGAUUAUAUCUGUUUGAAAGCUACUGAUCAGAUGGUUGUUUAAAAGCUUCUGAUUGUAUCUGUUUAAAAGCUUCUGGUCAGCUAGUUUUUUUGAAAAUAUAAGCCUCAGUAACUUGCCAUUUUAAAUGCAUUAAAUAAAAAAAAGAAAUUUCAAACACAAAUCACAUUCAGUCAUUAAGAGGAAAUGAGCAGUGUGAGUCAUAAUAUCCUGUCUAAAAAAAGAAAUUAUGCCACCAUUUAAGCAAUAACAGCUAAAAUAAGUUCAUUAAAACAUUUCCCCGUGUGCUGGAAAGCACAAAAGAAGAGUAGAAGUGAAUUGAAGCUUCAUUCCAUGAUGAAGAUCCUCCUCAUCUUUACCCUCUCCCUAAUAUCAGGUGCAGAGGGCUGUGUUGUGACUGGCUACUCAGGAGGAAGCAUCGCUAUAAUAUCUGAUCUAAACUGGGGUUCAGGACUUAGUAGAUAUAUUUGUAAGCUGGGAUGUAUAUCAUGUACAUAUAUAAUACAUACUGACACCACAGAGAAUUCUGUUCAAGAAGAAAGAUUCAAGCUGUAUAUAAACAGUAAUGGAUUUUUGACAAUGUUAAUAAGGAGGCUGAAACCACAGGAUGCUGGAGUAUACAGAAUAGGAGUAGAGCAUCAGACGCCCAUCGAUGUGAAACUGACUGUUCUUAAUGAUUCUUGUUGUGAUGGACCAAAAACAGUGAAUGUUUUUCCUGGACAGAAUAUCAACAUCAUCUCUUACUAUCCUGUAAUUUACAACCGAGACUACAAGUAUAUCAUGAAACUUGAAAAGGGCAGUGUUUCUGAUGCCAUUCUAGAUACUUACAAUGAGCCCCAGAACAACAGAUUCUCCAUUUCUGAUGACAGAAGUGCUAAAGUUCUCGGUAUGAACAUCAGUAAUGUGACAGAAGCCGAUGAUGGAGUUUAUUUAUAUGGAAUCUACAACAGAAAGAACUCAGUAGAGUAUUAUUCCUUCUUCAGAGAGAUUCGUCUGCAUGGUAGAGCUAAAGCACCGAUAGAAAUUUCAUCUAUGACAACGGAUUUCAAAUCCCCUGUUAACACCACCACCACCACCACCACCACCACCAUCAUCAUCAUCAUCAUAAUCAUCGUCGGUGUGUGUGUGCUGCGGAUUGGAGGAUUUGCACUGUUGGUGAUUUACAAACAGAGACACAAGGGAACUCAAGUUACAAGACCUUCAUCCCAAGACAAUGAACAUGCUCCUUCUGUUUAUGAGAACGACCUGCCUUAUUUGCCCACAUAUGAAAACUUGAACAACAAAAUGAGAUCGAAUGAUAAGAAUCUGGAUUCAUCUACAAACCAGUCCGAUUCAACGUACCAAACACUGGACCCACUCACCAACCAAUCUGAUUCAGGCUACAUGUCUCUAACUCCAUCGACCAAUCACAUUCAUUUACAUUCUUAUUUCUAGCAUUUGCCAUAUUCAGAUUUGUUACAAUAUUAAUAUAUUACAGUUUUAUACAACUGAGAAUUUGAGGGUUAAAAUAUUUGCUCAGGGUAAGCGGCAGUUGGUGAACCUGGGAUUCAAACUCAUGACCUCCCAAUAAGUAGUCCAACGACUUAACCAUUAGGCUACCACAGUGACACUACCUUUGUCGGAAUGCUAUAACUCAGUUUACCAGACACUUCAUUCUUAAUGCAUUUAUUUGUUAUUCUUUUUAUUAUGAUGAAAGGUUAUUAAUUAAAACAUAAUUUGCCUAAAUUUCUAUUGUAUAAGUUUGAGCAUGUUGUUAUUGGAAAAUCCUCACCUCAAGGUUUGAUUACUGAUCACUGCUUACUAAUAACUGAUUAUUUACCAAUAACAGCAGACUUUACUGUGUUUUAUAUUAUACUUACCACAUUGCUUUUUCUUUUACCGGGUUUUUAUGUUAACUGUGUAACUUUUGAAAUGUUAUUUAAUGUGAAAACAAAUGCUGUACAUAUCAUCUGUGUGAAUGAAAUGUUGGUGAUGCGGUGAAAUGGUUUAACUGACCAUUAUGAGUUGGUGAAGAUUGUAUCAUAACACCUGAGUGAAAGUUUUUAUUGUGUACAUGUCAGUAUUAUAAGUGUAUUUGCAUAUGAAGUGAAAUUUGACUGCAAUUCAAAUAAUAAAAAAACCUGUAUUAUUGUUUA